CUCACGCUUUUCGAGUAAUUUACCCAUAGUCAAAAUUCGUAUUCAGUCUUUGAUUUUAACUUUCCUCCUUGAUUUUAGAAUCGUCCUGGGUAUUCGAACAGUAAGGUGUAGUUUGAUUGUUCGGGUUUUGGACCGUUUUCACCAGCAGAUGGCACACUUUAUAAUUUAGACUUGCAAGGCAGGUUAAUACGAAAUGAUUUUAUGUUUUCGUCAUUAUUAAAAUAGAAAACUCCUCGUGAACAAUUCAGCAUUUUAUUUAUUCAUGUAAUAAAAUAACUGAUAAAAAUAUUAAGUUUUAUUUCGGACUUUAACACCAAGAAUCACCCCCGACUGAACCAAGCCGCAGACAGUGAGGUAGCAGGCUCUGUUGUGGGUAACGGCGCCUGGCUGCGUGCGAGGUGCACGCCACAUCACUCCCGACGAGGAGCGGAGAGCGGCUGGUCUCUGACAUGGCUAAAGAAGGAGCAGAUAUGACUGAGGAAACCGAGUACAUGAUUGACAAAAAUGCAGGAAAAGAAACAGCAAACGCAGCAGAAUCCCCUGGGAGCGCCAAAGAAAUGCGAGCGGUGAUGCUGGCAGGUUUUGGAGGUCUGAACAAACUCCGGGUAGCAAAAAAGGCAAUGCCCGAGCCUCAGGAUGGUGAAGUAAAAAUCCGCGUCAAAGCAUGUGGCUUGAAUUUCCUGGAUUUGAUGGUACGUCAGGGGACUAUUGAUAAUCCUCCAAAAACCCCCCUCGUCCCUGGAUUUGAGUGCUGUGGAAUAGUAGAGUCAGUGGGUGAAAACACAAAGGGAUUUGAGAUAGGUGACAGAGUUAUGGCUUUCGUAAAUUAUAAUGCCUGGGCAGAGGUGGUUUGCACACCAGGGGACUUUGUCUACAAGAUGCCAGAUGAGAUGACUUUUGCAGAGGCAGCAGCUUUUUUACUGAAUUUUGUGGCUGCGUAUAUGAUGCUCUUUGAAGUUGCUAAUCUGCGAGAGGGAAUGUCAGUGUUGGUGCAUUCAGCAGGAGGUGGUGUGGGUCAAGCUGUGGCUCAGCUCUGCUCCACCGUGCCUAACAUAACUGUGUUUGGGAUUGCUUCCUGUUUCAAGCACGCAGCCAUCAAAGACUCUGUGACUCACCUCCUUGAUAGAAACGUUGACUACAUACAAGAAGUCAAAAAGAUCUCUCCAGAUGGAGUGGACAUUGUGCUGGACUGCCUGUGUGGAGAGAACACAGGGAAAGGUCUGAGUCUGCUGAAGCCUCUGGGAACUUACAUCCUCUAUGGCGCGUCAAAUAUGGUAACUGGGGAAACAAAGAGUUUCUUCAGCUUUGCAAAAUCUUGGUGGCAGGUGGAGAAGGUGAAUCCUAUUAAACUUUAUGAGGAGAACAAAGUCAUAGCUGGUUUCUCGCUCCUCAACCUCCUUUUCAAACAAGGGCGAUCUAAUCUUGUGAAGUUGGUGACGGACAAACUCUUGUGUCUCUACAAGCAGAAGAAGAUAAAGCCUGUAGUUGACUCCCUAUGGGCCCUGGAAGAGGUAAAAGAAGCAAUGCAGAGAAUUCACGACAGAGGCAAUGUAGGAAAACUCAUUUUGGAUGUUGAAAAGUCUCCAACCCCUCUGAUGGCCAAUGACAGCACAGAGACCAGUGAAGCAGGAGAGGAAGAAGAGGAGCCAGAGGGAGAUAAUGACAGCAAGGAGCGAAUGCCUUUCAUCCAUUAGAGCCAACAAACUCCACAGCAACACAUCUAGAGACUGCACAGAUUCACCACAGAGGAACACAACCACACAAGUGUGUAUGUAUGUCUGCAUGUGCUGUAUAUGUGUAUGCAUAAAUGUAUGUAUGUACAAAAAGUGUUUGUGUGUGUUGUUUAUCUGUUACUUGUCAGAUGAUUAGUCAGACAAAGGGGAAAUGAAGAAUAACAGCCCAUUUGUUGCCCAGGCAGCAAAUGCAAGUACCAUUCUGAGGCCAGUGUUAAAGUCUUUACUGUAUUAUGAUGUAAUGUGAACAGGUUUGUGUGCAUUGUAGAGUUAGCUGUAUUUGCUGACCCGCUAUGAUGACUUUAUAAGCGCUCAUAAAUAGAUUUAGUAAAGCAAGUUAUAUCCACUGCCUGGCCAAAAAAAAAGUUGCCACCAAAAGAAAGGUCACACACUAAUUUUUGUUGAACCGUCUUAAGCUUUGGUUACGGCACAUAUUCGCUGUGGUAUUGUGUUGAUAAGCUUUUGCAACGUCACAAGACAUACUUCCAUCCAGUGCUGCAUUAACUUUUCACCGAGAUCUUGUAUUAAUGAUGGGAGAGUCUGACCACUGUGCAAAACCUUUUCCAGCCAAAAGAUUCUCAAUUCUAAAUCUCCCAAACAUUUGGGUCUGGACUCUGUGGUGUCCAAUCCAUGUGUGAAAAUGAUGUCUCAUGCUCCC